AGCAUCGCAGCAGAGGUCAGCGACGUCGAAACCGCCCGCCGCGCCCACGAUGGACCCGUCAUUCACCCUUCCAGACUCCACCGACUGGAUAAGCACGUCGCUCCCCGCCUUCGAGCCGCUCGAAGCUGCCUUGCGCUGUGAGGUCUGCAAAGAAUUCUACGAGAAUCCCGUCAUUACAUCAUGCUCGCAUACUUUCUGCUCGCUGUGCAUACGGCGGUGCAUCACUAGCGACGGAAAGUGCCCUACGUGUCGGGCGGCGAACCAGGCGGACAAAUUGGUGCCGAAUAAUGCGCUGCGCGAAGUCGUGCAGAGAUUCCAGGAUGCUCGUCCGAAGGCAUUGGAGCUGGCACGAAUAGACACACCCAGCAGUACUGCUGUCAAUGACCCGGGGAAGAAGAGGAAACUGGAUGAUACCGAUAUCGAAGAGCCGGAAAAUGUCAGGCAGACACGGUCGCGGCAAGCCAGGAGCAAAACCAAGCCACAGUAUGGUUUCGCAGAUGCACCUAUCGAGGUUCCGGAUAGCGAAGAUGAGGAAGAGUAUAUACCAGACGGAAUGGUCAAGUGUCCGGUUUGCGGGAAGCCUAUGAAGGAGGCGUUGGUCUUUUCGCAUUUGGAUACCUGCACUGGGUCAGAGGAGCCUGCGGGAGCACGGAGCACGCGAUCAAGAAACAAUACUGCGUUCCAUAAAGUUCAGAGACCACAAAGGGAUCCCUCGCCUGCUCCGACCCGAUUACCAGGCCUAAACUACGCUAUGAUGAACGAGAAGAACCUAAAGAAAAAGUUUCAAGAGUUAGGGAUACCUACAUGGGGGAACAAAACGCUUCUGAUCAAAAGGCACACAGAGUGGUUACACCUGUGGAAUUCUAAUUGUGAUGCCUCGGAAAAUCGAAGAAAAUCAAAACGGGACCUACUCAAAGAGUUGGACACAUGGGAGAGGACUCAAGGCGGGCAUGCGCAUGUGAAAGAGUCUGAGUUUAUGAAGAAGGAUUUCGAUGGUUUCGGCCAUGCGAACACGCACAAAAACCAGUUUGACGAUCUGAUUCGAAAUGCAAGGCGUAAGGCAAAGGCACCAAAGGCUGCGGACGAGCAAAACGAUGCGGAAGGCGAUAGUACGACACAGGCUAUUAGCUCUCCAAUACCGCCACCCCCAGAUGCUUUGCCUAGCCAUGGAACGCAAUCCAGCGUUGACCCACUUCGCCCAUACGAGGACAAUGAGGCUGCACUUGCUAGCAUCCGAGCGGAAGUUGAAACGGCAAAUCGCCCACAGGAACAACAGUUACCAUACGUCAAUGGUGAACACGGAGGGACGAGCGAGCAGGCACACCUGUCAGAGGUGGGAAUACGUAAUCCCUUCGGAUCGCCCACAAGAAAGCUUCCCAUGUUCGAAGUACCAAAGAGUCCCGUUGUCGAUGUUGAACAUUCGACAAAUUCCUGCUGA